GAGGGCGCCAGGGAAAGAACGUCAAAGACUCCAGCGCGGCCAAGUUUUUCCAAUUUCCGCCCAAACAAAAACUUCUGGAGCGCUCUCUUCCUACCCAAAACUCAAAAAGUUAGCGCGCAAGGUGAAUUAACUGUCUCCGAAUUCCUGCCCUAAAACGCACGAACAACUCUCCUAUGUUUUUCGGUUUCGUAUGUUCCGCUUCAAACGUUCUCCUUCAUCCUAAGAAGUCAGAUCUUGAAUCUCAACCUCCAAUUUUAGUUUAAUUUUUUUUGGAGACUUGGACUGCUGCGUUCAAUGACCGUCCAGAUUACUCUUAUAUAGCUUUUGAACAUUUGGCCUUAAAGCAUUUUUUUUGCUGUUUAGAGGGGAGAAAGGAUAAUAUCUUCAUAUCAACAGAGCUUCCUUCAAUCCAAAUCUUCACGGUAAUUACAAAUGCACUAUGGUCAAUAAUCUUGUUGCUUAUUAAUAGUUGUAAAAUUUUAAUAUCAACUCUAGCAUCUUAUGAUUGUGAAAGAAUAAUAUCUUCAUAUCAACAGAGCCCCCAAUUUAUGACAUAAAUGCUCCAGAUUUGUACAUACCCUUUAUGGUAUUGGGCACCUAUGUUGUUCUUGCUGGUUUAUCAUUGGGUCUUCAGGGAAGGUUUAGCCCAGAAGCAAUAAACUGGCUGUUCAUGAAGGGUUUGGUGGGGUGGUUUUUACAGGUUACAUUGCUGAAGAUGACACUUUUUCCCCCUGGGUCAUCGGAUUUGUGGUCUUGGAGAUGGCCAUCUUCGAUAUUCAGUGACAACAACCAAAAGAGUUGGAGCUGGAACGAGUGGCGCGAAAGGCUGCUAAUGCGGCUCGAAUAUAAUAGAUAUUGGACAGAGAAUGCAAAGCACCUUGAAAAAUGUUGGGCAAAAGUUCAACUCUACUUUUAAAUCUUGGCAUCAAUCUUUACUGCAAGUAGGUGUUGUUAUAAUUCACUCCAUUGCGCUUGAAGAUGAUGGAGAAGAUGAGGCUCACACGCUCUUGGAUGAUUAGUUAAACUUCAUAUGAUAUUAUUAGGUUAUUUUUUAAGGGCAUCUAGAUCAACCAGCACAUUUGUUAUUCAUUUAUUUGACGUUUCACUUUCAGUUGAAGUGUUUUUUAAUUUUUGAAUGGUAUUAGCACAGUAGCACUCAAUGAUAAAGAUUUAGUUUGAUA